GUAACAUCUCCUGGCUGUUCUGGUAUCAGAUAAAAGAAGUCCAGUCGAUGUUAUACAUUAUUCAUCUGAGUUCCAAUCAAACAAUCAAAAUUAUUUGCUUACACUGGAGGACAUUUAGCCACAUCAAAAGAACUCUCACUGGAAACACCAAGACCUUUCAUCACCAGCAGGAAUCUCUCGAUACCUGCUUUUGCAGAACUUGACUACAUUUUGUUGGGAAGCACAAGGAAACAAAGGACGAAACAUCUUCCAAAAUGGAUAGUCCUUUCAAGAUGGACUACCUGUUAGAUGUUGAUGCGGCUUACCGGCUUUUUUACAGCCAAGGAGCUCAAGCUCGCCGGGCGACCCUGCUCACGGUACCCACAUUAAUGGCGGCAUCUUCCGAGGAGGAUAUCGACCGGAGACCCAUCAGGAGAGUGAGGUCCAAGAGUGACACCCCUUACCUUGCAGAGGCCAGGAUCUCCUUCAACCUCGAAGCAGCUGAAGAGGUGGAGAGGCUGGCUGCCAUGCGCUCGGACUCGCUGGUUCCAGGGACACACACUCCUCCAAUUAGGAGGAGAAGCAAGUUUGCUACCCUAGGAAGAAUCUUCAAGCCAUGGAAGUGGAGGAAGAAGAAGAGUGAGAAGUUCAAGCACACGUCUGCAGGUAAUGCGGAAGUCAAACCGGGAGAAGAAGAGGCACCACCUGAUCUGGCGUUGAUUGAGGCGUCGGGCUGUUUGCAAGUGUUCCAGAUUCCAGUGGUCAGUCAAAACAUGGAUGGGUUGAUGGGCACCUUCAAGGUAAUGCAUCAAAAGCGGUUUUGA